AUGAGUAUCAAUCAUGAAAUAUAUUAUAUACUUGUAUUUGAGCAUCGUUCAGUAGCAAUCAAGCUCAUCAUCGUAGUGAUUGUUCUCCUUCAGUUUUUUUUAGCACGAAGUCGGCAAAUUGAUAGGACAUGGGCCCAUACUAAUAGAAAGGAACGGUUCAGAGAAAUGACAGCUAUCGGGAAUACUGAUGAUGCACUUGAUACUAGUACAGCCGCAAGUAAAGAAAAUGGAAAAGGUAGACUCAGGGUUCAAAAAGCUUGUGAACUUUGCAAGAAGAGAAAGGUUAAAUGCGACGGUAACAAUCCUUGUCUGAACUGCUCUAAACAUCAAAAAGAAUGCCGUUAUGAUUUCAAAGCUACAAACCGUAAAAGAAGAAGACGACAGGUCGCAUCAGCUGUUCGGGACGUUAGUAAGACAUAUGCAGAAACCAGUGAGUCUUUUCCUAGGGACUUGUUAAGUAAAUCAAAUAUUAUCAUAAAUGCCCCCUCAGAUGGUGUAUCUUCGUCUGCUAGCAACUCUCCCAAUCCAAAUUCACAUUAUCAUCAUAUAUCAUCCACUUUACCCUUCAUGAGCGGUAGGCCAAACCAUACAUUCCAUUCCGGAAGCAACUUAAAUGGAGAAAAUAACAAUAACAGUUUUCCGGAGGAUCACAUGGCUAAAUUACUUCUGCAAUUGAGUUCAAAAUUGGGGAAUACGACCAAGGAAUCGUCAAUUAGAACAACUAGAACCAAUGCUAGUGAUGUGAAUGCAAACCCGACAGUGGUCAACAUGAAAAAUAGUCAGGAAGACUGUGACACGAAUCACAGGUCUGCAAUAUGUGACUCUGCAGAGGCUCUUCAUAAUAACAACAUCAAUUCUAAAGAGAAUAAGAUAAUCAACUCUCAAAUAACUAACACUGUUAAUGAUCACUUUGAAUCACCCUGGCAGACAUUUUCUUUAGAUAAGUAUAGGUUUCACCGACGCUACCAAAAUAUUCUGCCCUAUUACCUUGGUGUAUCUAUUUUAAAGGAUCUAUCUCCGCAGACAAUAGAGUACGCGAAGUUGAAAAGGCCAAGAGUUCAAAACUAUGGUUGGAACUUGUCAGGAGGCCAUUACUUAAAGUAUAAGGGUGACUUUAGAAGCCAAGAAAAAAAUAUAAGGCAUGAGUCUAAAUUUUUCGACUUUGAUGACCCUGUUCACUUAUCCUUAAUCAAUAAGUUACUAAGGUAUUAUUUUGAUGAGAUCAAUCCUGUUUUCAGUAUCAUUCACGAAGCGACAUUUUGGCAGCAAUAUAACAAUAAAUUUCUACGGCAAGGUAAACAAAAUAAUUCAUCUGCGAAUCUAUUCACUUCCAUGCUUUAUCUAAUUUUGUCUACUACACUAAGAUUCAGAGAAGGGCAUCUAGAUGGUCAGAAAGGGCAAGGAACCUACAGUAACACAUCCUUAAAUAUCACAUUCGAGGAAAAAUCUAUUUUGAUCAAAAAACCCUCCAUAGAGGAAAAUUUAUUCAAAUACGCUUAUUUAAUAAUCAACACGCUGACCUUUGAGUGGGAAUCAUUCGAACUAAUACAAUCGUGGCUUUUGAUAACCUUCUAUUUCAGAACCUGUUACAGACAGACGGCGUGCUGGAACGCGUUAAGUCAAGCGGUGAACAUGUGUAAUGGGAUGAGUCUAUAUUUAAACAAAUUUCCUGAGAUCCAUUCCACUUAUGAUGAAUCAAAAGCAUGGCAUUGUUUCUGGUGUUGUUUUAUAAUGGAUAAGUUGAUAAGUUUUCAAAUGGGUCGAUUCUACCAACUAUCAUUACCCGCGAGCGAGAUGUGCGAACAGAUGAAUCUAGUGAAGUCAAAGAAAUUUUUACAAGAAGAAGAUGAUUGGUUUCACGAAGAGACUUUUCAAAUGCUUGAUUUGUCCAUAAUAGUGACACAGUUUUUAAAAAGAGACGCACAGGAUUUAAAUUUGAACGAGACCGUGCAAUUGCGCAGCCAACUUGGUCAAUGGUAUGACACCUUUAUAGUUGGAAGUCAAACCAAUGCGUACGACGACAAUUAUCGUUACUUCUAUCAAGUUCAACCAUUCAUGACAUACCUGGAUAUAAGGCUGACUUUCGAAGUAAGACAAUUAUUUUGUCUAAUCGCCCCCUCAUCUACCGCAAAUAAUAAAUCCCUAGAAUAUGUCGUCGAUACUGAAUUGUUAAUUUCUCAUUGUCAAAUGGCUAUUGAAAAUUUGGCUGAAAUUACGAGAAGUAAUCUUUUCUUUGUUCCGUGGUGGUUAAACCUUUCUCAACUAUUCACGGUAAAUUUAAUAUGUAUUAUCUACCUGCACGCAGGGAUUGCCGUAACUCAAAAUAAAGCUAUCAUGCAAAGCUGCCAAGAAAUAUGGCGAACCUUAGAGUGCUCUAAGCCAAAAAAUCGGCCUUCAAUGCUUCCUGAGUGCUUGUGGUGUUUGAAAAUGCUGAAUCAUAUGUUCUGCAUACGACUGAGAGAUUCUGCUUUGCAAUUGGAAGCUACUCUCGGAACUGAUCAUGGUGAUGACACCCCUAAUAGAAAUAAGUUUGAGCAGUUCAAGAAAGUUGGCGAUAAUGAUGCGGAUGUUGAAGUUGAUGCUGGUGAAAGAGAAGAAAAUGCUGAUGAAAGACAAGAAAAUCCACAUAACAAUAGCAAAAGAGUACCAUUAGCUACUAGGUCUCAUAAUACCACUAACUUCGACGGUUCAAUCGCAAUUUCUCCGGAAAGUGCAGUAGCAAAUCUAGGUACUGAUACUGGAUUGCCCUCAGAUGUUCUUGAUACUGUCAGUAAAAUAGGGAACUCUCCUAAUGUGUUUGAUGAUGAUUUAUUUUCCAAUUUAUUAUGGUUUGACCAAAAUUUUGCAUAA